UGGUGAUUGUUGAUAGUUGAAGUUAAGAGGGUGAAUUGGUAAUGACCAUUGAGCGAGGGUCAAACUCUACGACGGUGAAUUAAGAUCCGCAUUUGUGUCGCCGACUGGAACAUCGUGAGGACAAGCUAAAUUCAGAUGGACGGUGGAGAUGAGGUGCGAGUGAAAGCGGCUCCUUACUGCUGGUCUGCGCGUGAUGGAGGGAAUAUUACUGGGCGCCUGGCCCGGCGCAGCAAGAAGACCCGCAGCCUGAGCACUUCCUCAGCCACCAGCUCGUCUGAGUACAAGAGGACCCAGUCUCUACAUGGACCAAGCCCUGUGACUACAUUUGGCCCAAAGGCAUGCAUGCUACAGAAUCCACACACAGUAAUGCACAUUCAAGAUCCCGCCACCCAACGGCUGACUUGGAACACGCCCCCCAAGAGUGUCCUCGUCAUCAAGAAGAUCCGAGACGCGUCCCUGCUUCAGCCUUUCAAGGAGCUCUGCAUAUUCCUCACUGAGGUUAAAAACAUGGUUGUUUAUGUAGAACAGAAAGUUUUGGACGACCCAGCUAUUUCUGGCGAUGACAACUUUAAGACCCUUACAAAGAAUUUCUGCACUUUCAGAGAAGAGCUUGACGACAUCUCCAACCGUGUGGACUUCAUCAUCUGUCUUGGUGGAGACGGAACUUUGCUCUACGCGUCUUCGCUUUUUCAGGAGAGCGUUCCACCAGUGAUGGCCUUCCAUCUGGGCUCUCUUGGCUUCCUGACACCUUUCAAGUUUGACACCUAUCAAUCUCAGGUCACUCAAAUUAUUGAAGGUAAUGCAGCCAUAGUGCUACGAAGUCGCUUGAAAGUGCGCGUGCACCGGGAGAGGGACAAGGGUGUUAUUCUGACCAAUGGCGAGACGGACCUUGGCCGCAAAACCACAAACUAUCAGGUGUUGAAUGAGGUGGUAGUGGACAGAGGCCCCUCCUCCUACCUCUCCAACGUGGACCUUUUCCUGGAUGGCCACCUUAUCACCACCGUGCAGGGAGAUGGCGUGAUCGUGUCCACGCCUACGGGCAGUACAGCGUAUGCCGUGGCUGCGGGGGCCUCCAUGAUUCACCCCAACGUGCCAGCUAUUAUGAUCACGCCCAUCUGCCCGCACUCCCUUUCUUUCAGACCCAUCGUGGUGCCUGCCGGAGUGGAGUUGAAAAUAAUGCUGUCACAUGAUGCCAGAAACACGGCAUGGGUGUCGUUCGACGGGAGACGGCGACAGGAGGUCUGUCACGGAGACAGUAUUGCCAUCACAACUUCCUGCUUCCCCGUUCCUUGUAUCUGCUUCCGCAACCCGGUCAACGACUGGUUCGAGAGCCUGGCCCAGUGUUUGCACUGGAACGUGAGAAAGAAGCAGAACUACCUCAGCUCAGAAGACGAUGAGUUCUGAGACUCCGACUUUUUGUUGUAACGUCACCUUGCUCUCUUAAACGUUCCCCUUUUUUAAACGGUAGUAGGUCUUGAGCAUUAUUGAAAAACUUCUUACUGUAAGACCAGCACCAGUUCUGUAUCGUAUUAGAAUGGGAAGACAGAUGUUUGAUAAAUGCAAAGAUGUUCCAUUCUAAAGAUGUAAGAAUGGACUUGAAUCGCUGACCUUUGGCACGGGACCAUCCUUUUUUCUUUGUCCUCCCAAGGCGCCAAAUCAAGAUUCUGGGAUGUUCUUGUGCUAAUAUGCACAACCUCAAAGGUUAUUAUUAUGAUACCACUAAGAACGGGUGUUUUUUUUUUUUUAACCUACUACUUGGUUAGAAACUAUACGUUUUCUUUCAAGGUGAGGGUGUUGCACCUUCAUGGCCAAAUCUCUUGUUUAUAUCGUUCAUGUGUGAGACAAUAUUGCACACAGUGCCUUACACUAAUGAUUAAUGGUGGAAAAUGUGAAAACAAUACUUCUCCAUUUUUAUAUCAUGGGUAUUUUUGCGGGGGUAACAAAACGACAACAAAAACAAUCAUACCAAUGUAUUUUGACAGUAGCCAACCACAAUUGUAGUUGCAGCCUAUUUUAUAUGAUAAAUUCAAUUUGUUUGUUUAGACCUGUAAGCCAUAGUGAAAGCAUCUGUUUGGCCGAACCCAAGAUACUUUCUCUUGUCAGCAUGGCAACAUUCCGCGUGACUGUUAGUUUAGAAUGAAAAGACAAGCAGAGGACCAAUUGAGCUCUUAAACUCAAAAGUACAUACUGGAUAUAUGUGCCGCUUUAAUAAGAUGUAUUUUGUAACAUGUUUUUCAUUAACCCGUUUACACUGUAUCAAAGGGGGAAAUAAAUCUGGUACGUUUUUUUUUUGAACUUCUUUUUCAAUCUGGUAUAGGAAAAAGGAUAGAUGUUUUUGUCUACACUUUUCCAAAGGUAGUUCAGAUGAAGGAAAACAAGGUUAAUUUUUAGCAAUUCAGGGUGCAAAAAACACCUGAAAAGUCUUUUGGCCUCAAAGAUUGCACAGCACAGGACUGCUAGUCUGUUACUCUUGUUUCUAUUAAUAAAUGUGAAGAGUGUGACUUCUUGUUGAGAUAUUCAGGUUCUCAACUCACCUCUUCCUAUCCAUGUUUGGGACAAUACUGUGUCUAAAAUGGCGACCGGCUUUAGCAAACCCCAAUCUUCUGGUCAAAAUAAUUCACCCAAUCUGCUCAAAAUCCACGCUUACCUUGCGAGUGGGUUAGGAAAAAAGCUCAACAUCUUUUUGGGUGUGUAUUCUUUUUUAAAUUGGCAAUAAUGAAAUGGUCGCUAAAACAACAAGUGCCAUUUCUGCAUGUGUAAAGUAACAGCAUUUAAGUAAGAGCAAUGUCAGAAUUUGUAAAAGAUAACUUUUAACGUGAAUACCAAGUUUGUAUGUGGUUUGUGUUAGGACGGUGAUUUACCGAGUUAGAAGAAUUAAUAUACAACACAAUUGCUCUUCAAUUGUUUACAUUUUUUUAAUGAUCACUUCUUCCACAUUCCUAGGAAGUCACAAUGCUUCAUAUGUUGAACUCCUUAGCGGGCAACCUGGUCUCAGAAGGAGGUGUCAGUUGUCCACCUGAAACCAUAAUGAGCCUAUACAGACCUUGUUUAAAAAAUAAAUAAAUAAAUACAUUUUGAAUAUUCUUUGGCCAAGACAACAUUAAACUGAUCUGGAUCAUUCAUCCAACUUAGGCUAUAGGGAAGUGUAUAAGUCCAGUCAGUAAUUAUCGAUAAACAUGUCCAGGACGACACACCUGGUUAAACCAGCGUAGUGAAUUGAAGUCUCCUCAAAACCUCCCUCAAGGAAGGAAUGUAUGCAGGCUUGUCAAUUAAAAAAGGUGUGUGCUC